CUCGAUCGAUUAUCAACCCUGCCCCGCCAUCUGAUUUAAACUGCGGCCCGCCAAAAGUCAGCCGCUGUCGUCACCCACGGUUGAAUCUAAUCAUCCUUCCAUCUCAUUCAUCCAUACUUCGUACUUCAUCCCGAGUCACAACAGUCAGUCACCCUUAUCUGCCUUUGGUAUCUUCAGGUCAUUUUCUUCAUCACCACACCGCCGUAUUACACAUGUCUCGCUACGGCGACUACCGUCGCUCCACGGGGGCUCUUGACGAUGACCGCUACCCGCAUGAGCGGCGGGAGCGUCACCACCGUCACCGUUCGCGCGCCCCCUCGGUGCUUGAUCGCCCCCGUCGAUUUGAAGAAAAUGAACGUUUCGAAUACCGCCUACAAGAACAAGACCGCUACGGCCCCCCUGCUCGUCGCCCGGACAUCGUGUACCAGGACGAUCAUCUGAUCCAUUCAUCUGGUCCUUUGGUUGCUUACGAUCGCCGUCGUGCGGAGAGCCCUCUGCCUCGACCUCGACUUCUCCGGCGCCAAUCCUCCCUAGACACCUUCGAUCGGAUCCCUGCGCGCAAGUUAGAUGAAUACUAUUACAGUGACCGCCCUCCCAGAUUGUCUCCAAGCCCGCCACCCCGACGGGGAUCUUACCAUCGAACCCGCGAACCAGACUACUACGAGGAAAUCAGCAUCGCGGAAGGAGACUAUGGAGAGGAAGAGUACCGGGGCUUUCGCGAACGGAGCGUAGGACGUCCCCGUCGCUCAGCAAGUCGUUUUCGUGAGAGACUAGUGGAGGAAAUUGAUGUGGAAAAACCGUAUCCUCGGAAAGGCAAGACUCGCAUGCCCCGCAAGAUGGUUCAUACCACUGCAAUCCGCGAGCUUGGCUACCCGUAUGAGGAAGAGGGUAAAAUGGUUGUCAUUCAGCUGGCUCUGUCCAAAGAACAAAUUGAUGAGGUCAUCGGGAGAAGUCGCGAGAUCAAGCGCCUGACCGAGACACGCGUUAUCCACACCAGCUCGCCGUCCCCAGUUCGCGCCCGCCGUCGAGACAGAACUGUGGAGCGAGUUCCGAUGGAGGCCUAUACCCCUAGAACCAGCCACGACACUCUUAUCAUCGAGGCGUCUCCGUCACGGCAUCGAUCUCAUUCGCGCCACCACCACUACCACCACCCCCAUGGUGAGCUUUUGGAAAAGAAAGUGACCAGGACUGUAUCACGUACCCGAGACAUUUCGGUGCAUGGACGACCCCGUCGUCGAUCGUCACCAGUACGCAGAUAUGAGCGUUAUGAGGAGCAACCUAGCAAGACUCACGCUGGGUCCCUGGCAGUUGUGGUGCGGCCCCGCGAUAGUGACGAAGAUCUGCGGGAAUAUGCGCUUGAGCGACGUGGCAGCGGAGAGUAUGUCCGAGACACGGAGAUCAUUGGGGAUGGGGUUGCGGAGGAGAUUCAUGAAGUGAAGAGAGAGCGUAGAGGUCCAAGUUCCCGCAUGAUGCGUGCGAUGAUGGCGACAUUGACGUAGUCUGGUCGAGUUGUGGUGUUAUACAAAUUCUUGCUUUUAUGACGCUGACUUACGACUUAUCGAUUACCCUUUCGGUGUUUCUUAUAAUAACUGUGAUCUUCUUUUCCUAUUUUGUUCUUCCCUUUGCUUUCUUAUCAUGUACUAUAACAGCUUGACUGCGUUUCUCUCUGUAUUAUUUGACUAGCCCAGUUUGACGAUCAUUUGGCGAAGAUAAUGAUGACUAUGCGAGCAACGAUGACUAU